AUGACCGAUGACCGGGCUAUUCAUCCUGAUCUCUCCCACAAGUGUCAUAGAAUACGCCGCUUCUCUUCGCACGGCCAAGGGCACUUAUGCUCUCUCGUGCGUAGCGGUCUUUCUCGCCUACUAAAUCUGUCCGUCGACUCUCUAGCAAACGGAUGGUGUUCUGCGUUUGAAACAAUCCCCGCGAACCCCCAUCACAUCGUCCCCACCUCAUUACUCUACGUUCUUCGCGUUGCACUAGACCUGACGGCGGAGAUACUUGACCUAUUAUCACACACGCCGCAAUUAACGGACCGACGAGGAGCGACUCUUCAAUUACGGGUAUCGACCACUAUGUCCCUCUCGCGGCGAGAUGCAGGCCCAGGAGCCGGCGGCAUUGUGGGUAUUAUCAUAGCCGUGGCGCUUGCCAUCGCGCUUUUUGUUGCUCUUUGUUACUGCCGCCGCCCACGGCAUGCUCCUGUCAAACACAAAGACAUUGAACUGGAGCCCAGGAGGCAGAACGAGGUCCUGCAGCUGGAGACGGAGAGCGAGCAAGCAUGGAAGCCGCACGUUGACCAUGCCCGUACGUAUUAUCAUAGUACGUUAUAUACUCCUUUCACCGCCAUGUUCGGUAUUGUCCCGAGCAUAUCUCUUUCCUGUCACUCAGCUUGGAUGGGGAACUUCUUCAAAGGCUCCCGUCAAGACCAUCAGUGUAUUCACGCUGUCGCCGACCCACUGACCACUAAUUCACUAUCAGGCAAUUCCACCCCUGCGUCUCUGACGAGUGGCACCGCUCGCACGAGUACCAAUUAUACCAUGUCUUCCAGUCCCAGCAGCACAUUGGCAGCUACUAGCACCACCCCACCAGCCCCUGUGGGAUCAUCCAGUAGCAUCUCACAGAUAACCCAUCGACCCGCCAGUGCGAUUGGCAUCGCAGUGGGGGCCGCAAUCCUCGGUAUUUCACUUCUUGCCUCGCUCGGCUGGUGCUACUACCGCUACAAGCGAGGCAGGCGAAAGACGGAACGCGGCGCAGCGAGCGAUCGUGAUAAGUUGGAUGAUGCACUCGGGAUCGCAUCACGUCUAUCAACAACGCAACAUGUUGUGCCAUCGCCUAUACACGAUCCUCGAUCGCAUCCCCCCCUACUCGGAUACGUCGGCUCGGAGGUCUCGACUACUCCUGCUACGGUCGCCCCUUCGACAUCCAUUCUAGUGGCGAGCAUCGCAGUGCUCAUCACCUCACGGAUCCCCGUCGUCCAUUCGAAGCGGCAGCCUGUACUUGCAGAAAGCCCGUGGAAUUUCUGGGCUUUGCUGCAUUUUUGUAAGCAGAUCCUUAUUGCUGUGGAAGGCAAAAUAUCAACUCAUACCCUUUUAAUGCCUGUCAUCAACACUCUUGCUCUCGCGGUCAACGCCACUAAACUAAAUAUUGUGUCUUUCCUUAAUGCUAAUGUCCCCGAGUGCGGUCAAGUGCCCAUCUCCUGGUCUGGAGGCAUCCGUACGAUAUCUCCCUUCUAUGAUUACUGCGAUUCUGACAAGAAAGAUCUGCAGCCCCCUAUUAUCUAUGUCGACAUCGGUGUUUCUACUGACCCAUAUGAGAUGUAUGGCCCGCUCAACGGAACUUCAUACAUAUGGGAUGCAGGCAUCACGGACGGCAAUCAGGUCCACCUCGCUGUCAUGGACUCAACGACAGCCAUCGUCACUACUCCUUCAUUCACAAUUCUACCUGGAAAUGGAUAUUGCGAGUCUUUCUCAACGCUCAUCAGCGUAACCUCAACUACCGCUUCUGCUAUCAUGACGAGCUCGCAGGGCUCACCAGUCAUUCUUCCUUCUGCGAGUGGAUCUGGCUCAAGCAGGAUACCUUUCAGAUCUGCCACUGCUCAGAUCUCGUCAUUCGCGGGAAGUGCAAGCGGCGCGUUCGGCGCGUCCACGGUCGCUUCGUCAUCUACCGCUGGCGCUAGAUGCAACGAAUCCGGAGCCAAAUCUCCCACCCUGGGAAUAUUGCAUCGUGAAGAGCUAUCGCUUCAGAUGCGCAGCAGGGAGAAGCAGAUGAUAGACCUGCAAUGUCGUGGGUCACAGAAUGCCUUGGAUGCAGCGGGGGAGAUGUUGGACGUCAUUGAGAUCGAGAAGGGACGAGGCGAAGAAAACGGUCAUGACUCACUUAGGCAAAAGGUUGAAUUCUUGCGGAUAGAGGUAGAGCGGUUGAGGAUUGCGGCUUCGGCUUUGGACAGUCCCCCGCCUUCAUAUGGCGCUUCCGUCAGUGGCUCGCACGGCACCGGCGCACCGCCCACAUUGAUCGGCGAAGGGGCGCCCACUGCCUCAGCGCCAUCAAACGCGAUCGUACCUUCCUCAAUUGGGGGCUUCAUGGCGCAUUCUGUGUUCAAGUUUGUUCGUACGCCGUAUAUUUCGCGCAUCGUCAUCGCUGAAACAAUCGUUCUCUCUGCCGGCUUGUUUGGAAUCUUCAUGCAACUUGGAAAUGUCAAUCAGAUCAUCAACUACGGUAUUAUGUUAUCUGUCGUCACCCCGAUAUUGUCUGGCAUCGUUUCUACCGAAGUGCAGCUGUUCUAUGGGUGGCGCAUAUGGAUCUUAUCGUCCAAAAAGUUACUCGCUUUGUCGCUUGUCAUCGUACUUCUCGCAUUGGGGCAACUCGUUAGCUCCAUCGUCUCCAGCUUGUCUAUAUCGGGUGCCUCGCCAUUUGGCAAUUUAGUAUACUCUAGUGGGGAAGGUUCUAUCGUGCCGAUCGUGAUGUGGUAUUCUCUCAGCGCGCUGGUGGACAUGAUCAUUGCUAUCACGAUGUUUGUCAUGCUCAACAAGCGUAAGCGGGGAGAAGAGCACACAGACGCCUUGGUUACUCGUUUGAUCAAACAUGUAGUAGGCAGCGGCAUCGCCACCGCCAGUAUUGCUGUCCUCACCCUCAUAUUGUAUAUUGUGGACAUUCAAACACCUAACGAUAUGGUGGGCUACGCAGAUUGCCCCUAUGCGUGUACAGCGUUGAUCAGUCUCAACAACCGCGAUCUUGUGCGUCGCGGGCAAAGCGACGGCGUGCGACCAUACGGCCGUCGCAAGCAGUCGACUUUGGAGAAGCGCUCUCUCAUGGAACGGACCACGGCGGGAUUGCGUCGCUUGGUCCCGGCGGUGCGGCGCGAGCCAUAUGUCAUCCAGCCAUACAUGCUGGACGUGCGAGAGACGGACAUGUCAAACGAGACCCAGACUCCCGAGGAGAUGCUUGACUCACAAAAGAGUGGCCAGUCUUCGUCGUCUGAAGAAGAAGUUGUUGAUCUGGAAUAUGCUUAA